AUGGGGCUGCACUUCAAAGGCGAGAAGCCUAUGAAGAAGACAAAGAGCAAGUCGCGCUCGACUGGCGGGCCCGCAAAGGAUGACCCGGACGCCCACCUCGAAGGAUGGAUCCCCGCUCCUUCGCCUGCUCUCCUGCUCGGCCCGUCGUAUUUGACGCUGCCAGCGACCGACCUGACGCCCGCUGUGUGCGUCGCACUCAACCCGACCACCGGCAAAGUCUACCCGCACGUCCUCCCGUCCGCUGGAACCGAAUCCUCCGCCGCCGCCCUCUCUCGCGCAACCUCCUCAGCCGCCCAGCUCGCCUCGCUCGACCCGGAGGAACUCGAAGCGCUCGUUGACCCAACAGACGCGGCCGCUCUUGGUCUCUCGGCGACGGAGCACUCGGAACCGAGCGAUGUCAACCAUGUCUGGGUGUGCGCACGCAUCCCCGACACGAACGACAAGGUCACGUUCAGGUCGGGAGGAGGGAAAUUUCUGGCUUGCGACGAAUACGGGAGGGUUAGUGCCGAGAGGGAGGCGCGAGGAAUGCAGGAGGAGUGGACUCUCGAGGAACCCGCUAGCGGGAAGGACGGCGCCGGCUCGGGCAGGAUGGUCAUCAAGAGCGCUUACGGGAAGUACUUGAGCGUCGACAUUGUCGCGGGAGGCAAGGUGGAACUGCGAGGAGACGAGGAAAAGGAGAGUUCGACGGAACGGUGGAGGUUGAUGAUGCAGGGAGAGUACGUCGUCAAGGCGAAGAAGCAGUACAACGACCGGAACGGCAUCAAGACGGUCGCCGACACGGGCUACACUGUCGUGACGGACCUCGCCGGAGCCGAAAUCGACGCGAUCAAGAAGUACCACCACCACGGUCGCGGGUCAGACGCAGUUGGGACGGAGGAGGACAAGCGCGCACUCAAGAAGGCGAGGAAGGAAGGGAAGCUUGCGGAGGCGAUGCUUGACCGGCGUGCCAAGCUCAAGAGCGAUCGAUACUGCUGA